GGGGUUUCUUUCCUCUCUUCUCCUUCUCCUUCUUCUUCGCAGUCUCUUCGAUGGGAAGUUCUCCUCAUGACUGACUUGACUGUCUUGAUUGCUGUCUCGUGGUUGAUUCAAUCUGGUUUAUCCCUUUAGUCACGGACUGUCGCGUUUCAAAUCCACUUCCCGAUCGGCACAAUUCUGGACCAGGAUCGACAUAAUCAAUGUGUCCUUGAGCAUCUCCCAGGACCCCUUCUCGACUCUCUCUCCUCUUUCAACCCUCCCUUCUCUUCCGCCGACUCCUACCUCACCUCCUUCGUUUACACUCUACUUCCGGCCUCUUCCUUGGGCCGCAUUGUGGUGAUGGUUAGGAAAAUGUUCCCCGUACCGUUCCGCGGGGCUUCGCGGAAACAAAAGACCUCUACAUCCUCUUUUCCCUCGGCCGGCCUAUUGUCCUGGACGGCGUCAUUACUACUCCUCUUGUCAAUCCCGAGCGUGGUCGCCGCCAAGUCGGCUAAGUCGGCGGCCGACUACUAUGUUCGCUCACUGCCAGGUGCCCCCGAAGGGCCCCUGUUGAAGAUGCAUGCUGGGCACAUUGAGGUAGAUCCGGAGAACAACGGGGACCUUUUCUUCUGGCAUUUCCAGAACCGUCAUAUCGCCAAUCGUCAGCGCACCGUCAUCUGGUUGAAUGGAGGCCCGGGGUGCAGCUCGAUGGAUGGCGCGUUGAUGGAAGUCGGUCCGUAUCGACUAGAGGACAACCAUACCCUGACGUACAACAACGGUUCGUGGAACGAGUUCGCCAACCUGCUGUUUGUCGAUCAGCCCGUCGGGACGGGUUUCAGCUAUGCCAACACCAACGCCUAUCUCCACGAGUUGGAUGAGAUGGCCGCCCAUUUCGUCACCUUCCUGACCACGUUCUUUGAGCUGUUUCCGGAGUAUGAACGCGACGACAUUUACUUGUCGGGCGAGUCUUACGCCGGUCAACAUAUCCCUUAUAUCGCCAGGGCCAUCCAAGAGCGCAACAAAAAUGCCCGCUCCUCCGCUCCAUGGAAUGUCAAAGGUCUCCUCAUCGGAAACGGGUGGAUUUCUCCCGCCGAGCAAUACCCUUCCUACCUGACCUUCGCGUACGAGGAAGGGUUGAUCACAGAAGGCAGUCGGGUCGCAAAGAACCUCGAAGUCCUUGAUUCCGUUUGUCAGUCCCGCAUGGAGGCCAAGAAGAACAAGAUCCACUAUGAUGACUGCGAAACGGUUCUGACGGAGCUGCUUGGGAAGACCCUGGACUCUGACCAGCAGUGCUACAACAUGUAUGACGUUCGUCUCCGUGACGAUGCGGAGUCUUGCGGCAUGAAUUGGCCGACCGAUCUGGAGGACGUGGGGCCUUACUUGCAGCGCUCAGACGUCGUCCAAGCACUGAAUAUCAAUCCGGACAAGAAGUCGGGCUGGCAAGAAUGCUCAGGCGCGGUCUCCAGGACCUUCCUGGCAGAAAACUCCGUGCCCGCCGUGAACCUCCUUCCCGGACUCCUUGAGUCCGGCAUCCCCGUCCUUCUCUUCAGUGGCGAUAAGGACCUCAUCUGCAACCACAUCGGCACGGAACAUCUGAUCAACAAUAUGCAUUGGAACGGCGGGACCGGAUUCGAGACCUCGUCCGGCGUGUGGGCGCCCCGUCAUGAUUGGACCUUCGAAGACGAGCCAGCUGGCAUUUACCAGUACGCGCGGAACCUCACCUACGUGCUGUUCUACAACGCCAGCCACAUGGUUCCUUACGACCUCCCCCGGCAGAGUCGGGACAUGUUAGAUCGGUUCAUGAAGGUCGACAUCGCCAGCAUCGGCGGCAAGCCCGCGGAUUCGCGCAUCGACGGGGAGAAGCUGACCCAGACCUCCGUCGGCGGCCAUCCCAACAGCACGGCCGCUGAGGAACAAGCGAAAGAGAAGAUCAAGGAAACAGAAUGGAAGGCAUACGCCAAGUCCGGCGAGGCGGCCCUCGUAGUCGUGAUCAUCGGCGUCUUGGUCUGGGGAUUCUUCAUCUGGCGCAGCCGGCAGCACCCCCAGGGCUACAAGGGCGUGUGGCACAAAGAUAUCAGCGGGAGCUCCUUCCUCGAGCGAUUCCAACACAAACGCUCGGGACACGAUGUCGAGGCGAGAGACUUUGACGAAGCCGAGUUAGACCACCUCGACUCCCCCGGGAUCGAAAGGGAACAUUACGCGGUGGGCGACGACAGCGACGAGGAUGAUGCUCACAGACAGCAUUCUCGGCAACGCUCGCGGGGCGGCGGAUGAUUUUUAUAUAGUACAUGUCAUUAAUCAUAGGCUUACUAGCUGCAUGCCUCGAUUACUUUUAUUUUAGCCUUCUUCAUUUUCG